UAUAAUUGACCGGGUUUUGCAUUUCAUUUUCUCUCCGUUUCUGGGAAAGGUAAGGAAAAGUUGAAAAUUGAAAAGCCCAAAAAUAUUGACAACUCAUAAGUCAGAAUUUAUAUAGCGCAUCCCUAAUUUAAAACGCUCGCACAUCCUUUCCUUUGUUCUCGCUCCCUGUCCAAAUUCGCCCCUUACCGUCGGCAAUCGCUUUGCGGUUAACAGUCUUCUUUGAUAAGUUCUUUUGAUUCUUCAAGAUUUGGGUUCAAACUUCGCCUCUAUUUAUGUCGACCACGAAGGCUGUCCGGUCCUUAAUAACGAGUAGAAAUGCUGCCAAAUAUUUGACAAAGUCGGCGAAAAACUAUAAUUCUAAAUUUGAUCAGAUUCGAUGUUAUAGUAGCAUCGUUGGCAUCUCAGCCCCAUCGGUUGGUGGAGUAAUUGAUAGGAAGGCGGAUUUUAGUUUCACAUUGGGAAGCUUGUAUAAUAAGUCUAUUGCGUCUCAAAAAAGACCAUUUCUUGGCUGCGGAGAUGGAGAGGAAGGUGGUGUUUUAUCCAAGGUUUAUGAGGAGAGGCGAGUAUUGGGGUAUUCGCCAGAGCAGUUAUUUGAUGUGGUUGCAGCGGUUGACUUGUAUCAUGGAUUUGUCCCUUGGUGUCAGCGCUCCGAUAUAAUCAGGCACCAUCCAGAUGGAUCAUUUGAUGCUGAGCUGGAGAUUGGUUUUAAAUUUCUGGUUGAGAGUUAUGUUUCUCAUGUAGAAUUGAAGAGACCUAAAUCCAUAAAGACGACUGUGUCAGAUAGUACCGUCUUUGAUCAUUUGAUAAACAUUUGGGAAUUCAACCCAGGACCUGUUCCAGGAACUUGUGACCUUUAUUUUUUGGUAGAUUUUAAGUUCCAAUCACCACUCUACAGGCAGGUAGCAUCCAUGUUUUUCAAGGAAGUUGUGUCCCGACUGGUUGGUUCAUUCAGCGAGCGCUGCCGUUUGAUAUAUGGACCAGGAGUCCCAGUCCUUGAGAACUCUUAUGAACAGAAGGCAUAAAAGCUUUACAUCACAUAAUUCAGUGCAGCAUGAGCUUCAGAGCAUAGUUUGAAAACUGAUGGGAUCAAAUGAACAAUCUUAUUGGCUCCUCUGGGCAGUUUUUAUUUCGUUUGCUGCCCAGCCCAUGGAUCCUUUUUCUGAUUGUAAUUCAAAGCGUUGACGUCUCAGCAGCAUCUCCUUUGCCGCAUUGGGCAAUCUUUGCUUAAUUGAUGACCUUGAAUAAAUACUCCCUGAUCAUAUUGCAUUAUUUGUAUACGUAUUAGUAAUUUGCCAAAGCCCUGUAUUGAAUCCCAGCAGUUUAAUUUGCUGAAAAGAAGCAUGGGUUUUUACCAGUGUUAACAUGAAAGAUAAAGUUUAGAUUAGUUGAAUCCGAGUACUGGUAAACCGAGUUGAUUUGUCUUA